AUGGCGUACUACGAUCCCCGCUCCGUCGUGGCCAUGCACGCACGUAGCCGUACAUUGUGGCCAGCCACUCACCACGAGACGGAGCCUCUCUCUGUCAUCUGGAUCGCUCACCAAGCGAAGAAGGGCGUCCUCCAACACGUCAAGCGGGCACACGGACAGCUCUACCUGCCUCAACACUCGCUCCUGCUGAGUUCAGGACCGAUCAUUAUGGAGGCAGUUUGGGAAAAGUUUUCUUCUAACAUAAAGAAGCAAGCCGUCAAGACCGAUGGUAUCUGGAGCGUGGAGGAUCCUCAAUUCUCGGAGUGGGCAAAGUUGCUGCAGUUCAAGGUAAAAAAACGCAUUGUCGACUCUACAAGGUCAGCACAAGCAUGGAACCAAUGGCUCGCUGCAAAUAAAGGAACUACUGUGACUCUCAUGGUCUACGAAUACGGUAUGGCUAUUGGAACUGCUAAGGACCGAGAUGACUUUAUGAAGGCCCCCGCUGCACCACCGCCAAGCUACAUUACAAACUUUCUCGAUCCGGCGGAGUCACGCUUUGAGGAGCAUUUAAAUGGAGUAGCGCAAUCUUCCAGUGUGGCGCUAGACUGUUUGAGAGCCUCUAUCGGCGACUGUCAGCAGCUCCGUCGCUACCUUGAAUCUGCUGGACGUUACCUUGACGAUCAAGAACAGCGAUUGGUAGCACGUGAAGCUAUCUUUGAAGGCAUUAUUUGCAAUCUCGUGCCUCCGUCUCCAAGCACGAUCAUCGACCCGAUGCCCCUGAUUGAGAACAUCGAAGACGCAGAGCACGCCGAGAUCAAAGUAGCCUUGAAUAUCCCAUCCACAGUGCUGAAAUACCUUGCUGAGAUUGUAUCGUCGGAACUGGCGAAAUGUCUGGACAACAAAAGGCAUAAGAUCACGCCCACUAGAUUCGAGGUAGUGUCGCUGAAUGAGCGCUUCACGUAG